AAAUUAUUUCGAUCAAUCUAACCGACCGAAGUGUUGAAAACCAUUUUUGUCAAAGUGAUACGCUCAAACACGUGGCAAUUUGAAAAAAUGCUUAUUGAACUCAUCAUAUUGCUUACCGUGUUCGCCCCGAUGCUUGUCUCCUGUAUGAAAAAGAAGAACGAGGCGGCAAAACUAAAGCCACGUGAUCUCGAUUCAAAAUCUCCCGGUGGACCACCGACUCCCGGUGGAGCCAAUAAGAGUGGUGGUGCUGGAGGUGGUGGCGGCGCUGGAGACGCUAAUAGUCUUCUCAAAAAAGAAGUCAAAGAAGAAAAGAUGGCGGAGCGUCCAGCUGAUGACAAUGAGACAAUCAACGAUGCAAAGUCCAACUGGGGAACUGUCGCCUAAUGUGUUUGAACUUUGUGAUAUUCAUGUUUUUUUUUCUGUAUGAAUUAAAUGAACUGUAAGAAAUUGU